UUAUUACAAAGUGCGACAGGUAUUACAAAGUGUGACAAUUUUAUUACAAAGUGCGACAGGUAUUACAAAGUGCGACGAUUAUUACAAAGUGCGACAGUACAAGGUACAGUUAACACUAGGCUGUCUGUCUGUCUUCACGCUGUUCAGAUUACACUCCUGCUGGUUUAAACCUUCUAUGGAAAAACAAAAACCAUCAUAAUAUUAUAUUUUUCCAUAUUAUGUUGCUUCUUCAAAAGGUCAAUACGAUAUAUGCGCUUCUUUGUUUGAACGUUCUGAGUUCAAAAAGCCUUCUCUCUGGGUAAUAAACUGUGUAAACACGGCACCGACCGACAAAAAUCAGCUACAUAGAUAAAAUUAAACGCUGCUUUAAAAUUUUUGAGGUCCUUUUACCUUCAAAGACCAUAUCGCUAAAAGAUUUUUUGUAUUUUCAAACGUUCUUGCCGAUAAAACACCAAGUUCACGCUAGUUAUGCCAUUCUGUUUGAGUCUUCAAGAUCACGCCUUAUCCAAUCGCUGAAUACCCUGAUCAGAUUGCUAAUACAAGAGGAUCGCUGCACGAACAUCCUAGCUCGUUAAUAUUCAUUCAAAAUAUUUCGCCUGCCAUCGUUUCAGGGCCAGGGCGCGUCAGCCGAGCUGCUUGGGCAGGAGGUGAGCUCAAGAAAAUGGCGAAAGAGUUUAAGUAUCGAUGGGGAGAGAGAUGGCGGACUAAAAUGUUUGCCAGACUCGCUUUGAGGAACUGUUCAUGGGUUUGAAGAUCAACUCCAACACGACACUCUCACUUCACUUUUGGGUCUCGCGUGGGUGCUGAUCCGUACGGACGUGUUUCGCUGUGCUCCCUCAAAAGAUGAAAUCUUGUUUUAAAAAAGACAGUUUUAAUCGUUAUCUCCUCAGAUCAAGUCAAUGUACAAAGUAUUUUGGGCUAGUCAUGAGCCUAUACACCAUAAGUCUUCAACCACUUAUAACGCGACUGCACGUCUCAAGCGCAGCAAAACUGUGUUGGUUUGCUGAUGACGCAACCGGAAGUGGUUCCCCGCAAGACGUGAGAAAAUGAUGGGAUGAACUAUCAGAGAGUGGUCCUGCGCUUGGUUACUUCCUAAUGUCAAGAAAUGUUGGUUGAUGAUCAAACCGGAACGAGAACAGGCGGCCAGGGAGAUGUUUAGAGACAAUGCUAUUAACCUCACCAUAGAGGACCACAAGCAUUUAGGCGCGGCUCUAGGAUCUAGAUCGUUCCUUGAAGAAUAUGUUGGAGAGAAAGUAGCAGAAUUACUAGAGCCACUCGAGCGUGCGGUCAAUGAGGUUCUCAUACAAGCUGUUACCGACCAUACAAUCAGUAAAGUAGAGCGCGACCUCCUUGGUUUCCCUGUGCGCAUGGGAGGCCUUGGAUUUACAGAGCCUGUAGUGACCUCAUUUCUGAGUAAGAGGCUUCAAUCAAAGUUACUAAUCCGCUCGUGAGGCAAAUUGUUGAGAAAAAGCACCAGCCUCCAGAUGCCUCAGAAAUUCGAACACUGCAUCCAGCGCCAUAUAAACGAACUGUGCGACUUGGAAGCAGAGAUGUCAAGGCUGUUCUGCAAUAACGUGGAAGUGAAGCCGGUCCUUCAGGAGGUUACUGGGUAGCCCGCGUUACAGGCGUCGAAAGGGGUAAGGGAUAGGGAUGAAGCAAAAACGGGAUAGGGAUUGGGGACAAAGGGUAAGGGACACCAGCUAUGGUGAUUUCUGCUGACGCUGGCGUCAGCAAAUUCCUGAUUGGCUGAGCCGUAAUGAGUAACUUAUUGGCGUGUAUCCUGGCGUGUAUUAGUGAGAGACAAACAUGAUACAGGCAUCAAGGAAAUGUGUUCUACUGGCAAAAGCUUUAAAGACCACGUUAAAACCCGAAGUAGAACCAACUAUUAUAGCAUGUUUAGCAGGCAGAGAUGCUCAGGAGGUUUUGUAUACUGGGUUUAUUCAAACUCCUAGCGGUGAUUUAAGGCGAUUAAGAUUCUUGCCAGACAUCUGCAAUGCCGAUAUUCACAAGACCGCCUUUUCCACAAAAACAUAUACCGUUUUGAAUGAACUUCUAAAUAGUUUGAAAAGAGAGAGCUGAAGAUUUGGCUAAAAAAUAUCCACUGAGCUUUCUGACAAUUGUUUAUAAUUCUCCUUUCAUUAUUCGCGUCUCAGGCUGGCGACUGUUCGGCUGGUCGUUGUGGCUUACCAGCAUUCUCUAAAGUUCUAGAGAGAGUAAUGUACAAUCGUCUUUUGAGGUUUCUUAAUAAUCAUAACAUUCUCUAUGACAAUCAGUAUGGUUUUCGCAGGCAUCACUCCACUACUUAUGUCCUAGCUUGUUAAUAUGACAAAAUCCGCUAUUGAAAGUAACGAAUAUACAGUUGGUAUUUGUACAGACUUGUCUAAAGCUAGCCUUUGACACAGUUGAUCACAAAAUUUUGAUUUCGAAAUUAGAGCAUUAUGGUGUUCCAGGCACGAUACUUAGAUAGUUCAAAAGCUCAGUUCAGAGUCUUGCGAAACAAAGUGCAGGGUGCCUAAGGGCUCUAUACUAGGCCCCCUGCUCUUUCUGCCCAGUGCAAUGGUAUACUUCCUAAUUAUUUUCGUGAUAUGUUCACUCUUGCAAGCCAGAUACAUUCGCAUAAUACAAGAAAUUCUGGCCUUUUUUAUAUGCUUAAUUGUCGAACUAAUUUUCGAAAAUUUUCAAUUCGGUUUCAAAGGUCCUAAGUUUUUCAACUCGCCAAGUCGUAAAAUUCAAAACAGUGGAUCUAUCAGUUUGUGUAGCAAAAAACUUAAAAAAUUCUUUCUUUCCUAGUCAAAUAUCCUCUUUGUUGAGAUACAUACCUUUUCUCUUUUCUUUUUCUUUUUUUUUUUACGUUUAAAAAAAUAAUCCCUUUUUAUUCAGUAACCUUCACUCACAUGGUUUUCUCUAUAGCUCCGGGAAGCCUGUGUUGUAUGAACCCACCCAUGCCCUCUAUAUAGGCUUUCUUGUCAUUACCACUUUAAUAAUGUAUUUAGAAUAGUGUAAUACUAUAUUAUCUUUAAUGUAUUAUAAAUUUCUUGUAAGUUGUUGUUGUAUUUAUUUAACAGUUAGUCGCUGAAGGCGACGUAAAUAUCGACGAUUUGUAAAACUCCGGGGGGGGGGUACUCCCUCAUAAGGACUUAAUGGGGACGUGCGGCCAGCCAGGGUAUGUUUUGCGGGAUUUUUGUCUUAAACAGGGUAUCGAUUUAUCAAUUUUUGUCUUAAACAGGAUAAAUGUCUUAAACAGGGUAUCAAAAAUCGGAAUUCUGUCUUAAACUGGGUAGGAAAAUCAGUGAUAAUUGUCUUAAACAGGGUCAGGAUAUGAGAAGCCGCGCCGCACCUCCCCACCCAGGGAUAUAUCGAGUACCCCCCGGGAGUAAAACCGAUGCUGCGUUCUGAUUGGUUGAGCUACUACUAGGCUAUAUGUUAUAGCCCACUAGUAGCCCAAAGCGCUGGCUUUUUAGCGGGAAACAGGGCUUAAAGUCUAGCUUUAACUAGCUUAAGUUGUUUUGUCUCGAUAUUUUUGACCAACUAAGAGUCAAUAGCCCAUUUGGCCUUCGGCCUCAAGGGCUAUUGACUCAGAGCCCAUUCGGGCUCGACGAAUAAUUGUUAAAUAGUCACCGUGACGAAGUCGAGGUGACUAUUCGCUGAUAUUCACGUCGCCUGAGGCGACUAAUUGUUUUAGUAUAAUUCCAUUGAUGAUUAUUCGAGAAAAUAAAUUAUUGAUCAAUUCCCAACUCCGAAACAUCAACAAAUCUAGCUGCCAUUUUGAAAACUGCUAGCCUUCAAUGUUAUAAUCACGGCGCGGUGAUUAUAGCGGGAUGAAGCGAAGCUCCUAGCCAAUCAUAGCGCUCUAUUUUCGAUAAUCAUCAAUGUAAUUAUACUAAAUGUGGUUAAUGGCAAAAUAACUGAACGAACACACACUCGACAUUGCUGUCCUUGGGUUCCAAUGAAUGGUAACUAACUGUAUUGAUCCUUAAUAUUUUUUUAUUUUGUUUGUUGUCUUUAAUACAGUUAGAUUGGUUGGUUGGGGUAAUGUUACAUCCCAAGGCCGAGUUGAAGUCUUCUAUGAAGGAUCCUGGGGGAGUGUCUGCGGUUCCGGAUGGGAUAUAAAGGAAGCCAACGUAGUUUGCCAUCAGCUCGGGUUUCAAGGAGCUAUCGCAGCAGUUACAUCGGCGUCAGGUUUCUCCUCCAUGUAUAGCGCUCAGUGUGAUGGAAAUGAGACGUCAUUAACCGAGUGUGACCUAACGCCUAGAAGCUGGUGCUGGUCUAACAGGGCGGCUUGUGUGGUGUGCAUUUCCGGUACUUACAAAUAAUUACAACCUAACAGUCCGGACCAAGGUCAUGUGCGUCAUUUGAUAUUUGCUUUCCUUUAGUGCAAAACAACUGUCACACGCGGUAACCAAUUUGUUCAGUCCUUUCGCAAAGUUUUAACUCAUUUCAAAUAUAAAUUUGGUCAUGGUAGUUAACAUUUUAAAUAGGAAGCAACACUGAACAACUCAGGUAAAGUUUGUUUUCCGUCACAAAAAGCUGUUUAUUAAAGUUAUAAAUUUCCUUUUCAGAUCCUGAAAAAGGCCUCUCCACUGAUGGGCCAAAAACGAAAAUAAAUGCCUUGAAAGGUAUGUUUGAUUGACUGAAGUAAGUAAAGUGAAAAAUGUCUGGUUCCCGUGGAAAGUCCUGCCCUGAUCUCGACGUCAUAUUCACUUACAUCAAUACUUUCAUCAUCCUGAUCAUCAUUUAAAGCAGCAAUAUCUCAUCAUUAACAUUUUAAAUAGGAAGCAACAACAACUCAGGUAAAAUUUGUUUUCCGUCGCAAAAAGCUGUUUAAAGUUAUAAAUUUCCUUUCCAGAUCCUGAAAAAGGCCUCUCCACUGAUGGGCCAAAAACGAAAACAAACGCCUUCAUUACCAUAGUCGUCCGCCCUGAUCUCGACGUAUCAUUAUGGUCUGCAGUAGGGAAAUGCGUCGUCAUCGUCGUCGUCGUCAUCAUUAUCAUCAUCACCAUGAUGAUGAUGAUCAUCAUCAUCAUAAUCAUCACCAUCAUCACCACCAUCCUCAUCAUCAUCAUCCUCACCAUCACCAUCAUCACCAUCAUCAUCACCAUCCUCAUCAUCAUCAUCCUCAUCAUCACCAUCAUCACCAUCAUCAUCACCAUCCUCAUCAUCAUCAUCCUCAUCAUCACCAUCAUCAUCAUCAUCACCAGAUGUCAUUAAACAUCAAAACCAACAACCCUUCAUUACCAUCACCUAAACGGCCAUUACUAAUUCAAUACCAUUAAUACGGUUUAUUGUAUUUGCGGUUUUUCUAGUACUUUAGAAGAUUCAUAACUCUUUCAAACUCUCUCUCGAUCGAUCGAAUUGCACAUGCAAUUAUUCCUUUUCAGUGUAAGAAUUAUAUUUUUUUUUCCAUUUGGAAAAACCUCGUAAAUGAAGAUUUUACAACAGUCAUGCUUUCUGAUAAACGCGAAAAUUAUUUAAAACAGGCCAAGGAACUUUCUGUGACGACACAAAGACGGCUUCGUAGGAGACUAAAGAUGUGGAAUCAAAGCAAAGGUUUCAUUAACCUCGCUUCUGCGCAACUAGACCCGGGCCAGUUAUAAUGAGAUGCAAAUGAGCAUGGGCUAUGUUUCUACAAUCCUAGUAUAGCCACUCAUUAGCCCACGCAACUGCCAUCGAUCCUUGUUACACCGAAUGGGAACUUUCAUUUCUUCUGAUUCGUCAACGUCAAGUUCUUACUUUAAUAGAACCAGAACACCAAAGCCACUCCUUGGAUUGCAACCUAGACCAAACGAAUUUUUUAUUAUGCACGUUACAGGCUUGGCUUUUAAUCGAUUACCUUAAACUAUUCAAACUCCUCCUUAGUUAGAGAUAAUCAUUAGACGAGGUCCAAAAAGGCCUAAAUUGUGUUGGUCAAUGAUAACGUUAGCAUCUUCUAAAUUGAAGCAGCAAUGUGCUAUUAUUAUGACCCUACUGCCAGUAGGAGGAAUUCUCCCAGCAUUUUUAAUAAUUUCAGUGCACGGACGGAUACUGGAUAAGGCGUUAUUUGAAGUACUCAAACCCGCGAAAAAAAAAAUGGUGACGUAUGAAUGCAAAACAAUAUGGUUAAUACCAAAAUAUUUAGUAUCAGCGUAGUAUCAGCUAGUUCAACAUGAAAUUGCCAGCAACAACAUCAACAUCACUGUACAAUAAUCUGACUAUGAUCAUAUUAAUUUAUGUAGAACUGAGCCGUAUCAGGGCCGUUAUUUCUUUAAUCAGGACAUCACCACGGUAUGCAACAGCAGCGAGCGUUCACUUGCGGCCCAGCGAACGGUUGGGGAAAAGACACCAGUCAUUGGAUAUUUGCUACGAAAGUGUUACAUGGUCCUUUUCAACAGAAUAGUAUUUUGAUUCCCUUUCAAUCAAAAAGCAUUUUCAGAAACGCUGAAAAAGGCAAAACCACAGCGACAAACCAGUGAAGAUAGAAAAAUCUCUCGUGUAGACCUGGAUCUCUAAAUCCUCAAUGCUAAGUAGUAAAACAGUUAACUGGUCAUUAUUUGGUCGAUAUUUCGGCUUGCAAAAGCAAACUUUCAAUGGGACUAAAAAACAAAAAUGUAUACAGGUACCGAAGAAGAAAAAAGUUUAUAUGCGAGAUGUGAAUAUACUGCAUGAAGCAAAACAAAUAGUAAAAAAAGGUAAAAAAUGAUAGGCUAGAAAGAAAUAUUAAUUCUCAUUUUCUCUUAAAUAGCUUCCAACGUCUAUGUCUCCCCCACAAAGACACAGGUUCCUGUCUAUACUGUCACCAUUAUAGUCUUGGGGGUGUUGCCUUUCGUUUCGCUUGUGGUCACUGGAUGUGUAAGCUGGAGGCUCUGCCAUCAUUUAUACCGAAAGAAAGAACAUAUCAGGAACGACAAACAGGAAACGAUUGAGAUGGUUGAAGAGCAAAAUGCUGUUAAUGUCUCAAGAGAAAGCGAGACACCUCUGUAUUCUGGGCUUUCUUCUGUGACCUCUAGUCAUUAUCAAGGGCUGCAGCACAUGAACGCCUGUUAUGAAAACUCAGAUGUGGCCCAGAUGAAGAAAAAGAACGAACUUGAAGCUUAUGAAGAGAUAGGACAGGUUCGUAGGUUCAUCCGUUACGUAAGGUUAUUCCAGUUGCCUUCAGUUUUAAUCUAGAUCCCCUUGAUGUGAAGUGCUUUAGUGUUAGUGAGUCUGGUUAUUUUCUGAGGCUGAUUAGAAAAUUAGGUGAGGGUAUACCGUAACAAUAUUAUAAUACACAUUUCUAAACCAGCUAGUCCCCUAAUGAAAUAAGGGGCACCAAAAACCAAAUCUAAUAAUUGUUUUAUGAUACAUUUAAUAUCCAGAUGAAUAUAAUAACAACAAAUUAAACACACCACAGACAUACUUUGAGGACAUUGCUCCCCGAAAUUAUACAUUGCGCGUACAACUUACAGAUUUGCUUCUUCCUAAUUAACUAUAGGCUCUAAUUAGCCAAUGAGAGUGUAGAUAUUGGGUGCAAUGUAUAACAAACGA